AUGGAGAAGUUUCUGAUUCCAUAUGACAAGGAAUACAUGAUGAUGACCAUGUUAAAGCAUGAGGAAACGUUUAGGGAGCAGGUUUGCGAGCUUCAUCGUUUGUAUCAUAUGCAGAAGAUGCUAACGAAGGAUAUAGCCAGAAACAGGCAAAAUAUGCACGAUUUUGCGUCAACUUCCGAGCGAAUGAAUGACCAUGGCGAUGUACAUAAGAAGGCACGACAAUGUCUUGACUUGGAACAGCCUGCUGAGAAGUUCGAAGAAGAAGACGAGAGUGAACUUGAGCUGACUUUAGGCCCAAAAAGUUAUUACCAGAAGAGGAAAGAUGUGGAAACUCCGUUAGCAUCAGAUUCUGGGAGAAGCUUUUCUUCUUCUUCAACUGGUUCCAGCCGUAUAAAGUUUACAACAAGAGAAGAAUUAUUAAAUGCCAGUAGUUCUGAAGUCUAA